AUGAUUGAUGGCACUACCGCAACUCCACUCACGGGAUAUAAGCUCCAAGUAGAGGGCGAUACUUUAAUAAGGAACGGUACAAAAAAAUACUUGGAUUGUUAUAAUGAUAAAGUUGGUAUACGGGUUGAUGCCGACUUAAUUGACUUGGGUUGUGAUGUAAAGAUUGUAGGUUCAACCUGCGUUGAGGGGGAUUUAAAAAUUGAUGGUAUACUGAAAAACGGUGCUGAUAAAGUUUUUAUACUUCAAGAAGACCAUGAUCAGGACAUAACAGAGAUUACGGAUAUUUUGGAUGACAUCGUAAAUGCUAUUCCUACUGAUGAGAAUGGUAAUAAUGAAAUACCAGAGGGCGAAACACUCGCUUACAACAGUCAAAUAACAGGUUUACAAACGCAGGUUGAUAAUCUGCCAACUAUAUCUACUGUGGACACCUUUAUUGAAACUAAACUUGCAUCUUUACACAUCAUAGAAGGAGAGAACGCGAAUGAUCCUUUAGCUUUAAAACAUUAUCUCAAGGAUGAGGUAGAUGCUCUCAUACCGGAUGUAAGCAAUUUUGAGACCACCACGCAACUUGAUACACGACUGGCUGAUUACACAACAUUAAGUCUCUUUGAAGCUCACGAGACCUUGAUGGAAACUGAGUUGGCUGAUAAGGUGGAUACUACUACACUUGAUAAUUACGACACAUCUGCCCAAGUAGACACAAAAUUAAGUAGCUACGACACAUCCGCCCAGGUUGAUACAAAGUUAAGUAGCUACGAUACUUCCGUAGAAGUUGACACAAAAUUAAAUAGCUACGAUACUUCCACUCAAGUUGACAAUAAGAUUGCGGGUGCUUUGGCUGACUAUGACACUUCAACGGAGGUUGAUACUAAGAUUACCAACGCAGGGGUAGGAGGUCAUUGGACUAAGGAUGCUACUACGAACGAAUUAUCUUAUGGUGCUGGUCGUGUUAAAAUUGAUACGAAUGGUGAAGGUCUUGUAGUACAGCCUAACACGAGUGAUACGGAUGCGAGAAUAAACCUUAUCAGCGGUGAAGGUGAUGCCGACGCUUAUAUCGGGUUUCACGCACGCAAUCCUAAUUCGGUUCACGGUAGGUCAGUGUAUAUAGGAGCAAAAGCAAGUGAUACUGCUACAAACAGCGUAGAAACCGAAUUACACUUCAAAGUUCGUGGGAAUAAUCCUUACGAAUGGAAUACGAUGGUGAGUGAUAUGGUUAUAAAGGGUGAUGGCGAUGUUGAGUUUCAGUCUCCAAAGCUGAGGAUACUUGGUGGAAGCUGGAACACUAAGUUUGACCUCACGAACGAGGGAACGAUUUGUAGAAAAUACACCGAUACGAAUAAUGUAGAUCACGGAUCGGGGCUUCACUUCUCGGGGGACUAUAUAUACCCGACUGAUGCGUCUGGAAACCUUAAUAACGAUGUAUUAAGUAUCGGUUUUCCCCAGCAUAACAGGUUUAAAUACAUUUAUGCGAGUGAUAGUGUGUUUUUGAACGAUUAUUACGAACAAUCAGGGUCUCAAUACUUCGGCAAGAGAUACAAUUGGCAUCCUUUCGGUAUACUUUCAGGAAUGGAGAUUGAGAACAACACGACUGGAGGGAAUUACUCUCAAAAACUUCACUUUUUAACACACUAUUACGGAGUAAGUAAUGGACGAAGAAUGACUAUUAACGAAAGCGGACAUGUGGGAAUUGGAACGGAGAACCCCGUAGCAGUAUUGCAUGUUCAAGGGUCUCGCCACGCUAAUAUCGCAGGUGGGAAUAAUGCCACGCUUGAUUGGGCUGGGACUGGGUCAGGAGCGUCCAUGUUCUAUAACUCUUCAACGACUUAUAAUGUUGAUAUAGGUAUUUUCGCCUCAAGCAGAAUAGCGACUAACGCCGACUUCGUUUCAGCUCAAGGUGCUUUCACUCAUAGUGAUAGUCGUAUCAAACGGGAUAUUAAGGAGCUUAAUGAUGAUGAUGCCUUAGUCAAAUUAAGGCAAAUACAACCCAAAAUAUAUGGCUACAAGGAUAUUGGUGUGCGUCCGGAAGAGGAGGUUAUUGGAUUUAUCGCAGAUGAGGUUGAACAGGUCUGUCCACAGGCAGUUAGAAAAACAACUUCAACCAUACCAAACAUCUUAGAAGUAGUUAAUGUAGCAGAGAGCAAUAUCAUAAGCUUUACUAAUUUUAACACCUCUAACCUUAGCGAAACCUCCUCUUUAGAAUGUGUAGAUAUUCGUAGCGGUCAAGAACAAUAUAUUAGCAUCGGUAAGGUGAUUGAUGAUAAAACUGUACAAGUCAAAGAAGAUUUAAGCAAUUGGUUAGGUUCGUUUGAUGAAGACGGGCGUCUCAUCGUUGAAACUACGACCUCUACACUUACUACCGAUGAGUAUGAAGCACUUGAAAAUGAGGAACAAGAGGGAUAUAGGAAGAAGGAUGAUGUAUAUGAGAAAACCAUUACUUCGUAUCCAGGUAAUAAUCUAUAUAUUAGGGGUGAAAGAGUGAAUGACUUUAGGACUUUGAAAAAAGAGAUGUUAUUCGCCAUCAAUUUUUCGGCUACACAGGAAUUAGACAAGAGUGUUGAGAAGCUUAAGGUUGAGAAUGAAGAGCUUAAAGCGAGGUUAUUAGCACUUGAAGAAAAAAUAAAUAUUGCGUAA